CGCUAAUAUACCGAUUGAUAUUUCAACCCAAUCAAAUCAUGUCUAAUAAUCUAACUGUACUCAUCAUAGGUGGCGGGUUAGGAGGACUGGCGUUGGGCCAAAUUAUGCGCAAGAAGGAUAUUCCUUUCCGUAUCUUCGAUCGGGAUGCUAGUGCUUCAGCACGAAGUCAGGGUUGGUGCUUGACCUUGCAUUGGGUUAUCAACGACUUAAUUUCAGAGCUACCUGAUGACAUUCUCCCUCUUCUGGACACUGUUUCUCAUCUACAUAGUUAUGGCACGACAUGUGAUGCUGCGAUAUACCAGGGUAUUUCUGGAGAAGAGGUCACACACCUUGCUCCAAGUGAACAUGGGCCUUUUAUUCGUGCAGACCGAGCUAAGCUCAAAGAGGUCCUGUCAACAGGCUUGUCCGUUGAAUACAAUAAACACUUUCAGCGCUAUGAAGAAACGGAGUCAGGCGUAAUCGCUCAUUUUGCAGAUGGGACUGUAGUUCCUGGUAAUAUCCUUGUCGGUGCUGAUGGAGCCCAUAGUAUCGUGCGCAAGCAACUUCUUGGCCAUGAGAAGGCUAUGAAUUACUCUCUUCCUGUGGAAGUUUGUAUGGGAGAAACGACUCUGAACAAGUCAGAAUAUGAACAAAUUUUCAAGGAUUUUGCCAAGUCUUGGUAUCUAGCAGAAGCCUCGGCUCUGUUCUUCUGUGGCUUGCACAGCGUUUCACAAGACAAAAGUACUGCGCAAUACUACUGGAUGACCUGUCACCAACAGAAAGAUGUAGGUCCUCAGAUGUCCUUGUCGAAUGUCGAAUAUUACCACAGAGCUGCACAUGCGGUGCGAUACAUGCAUCCAAAGUUCUUACUCCCAUUAUAUAACUCAACUCCGGGUGGGGUUGUGAACCCACCUAUCUCACUAGAAGAUUUCGUGCCACCGAGUGAGGGAUUGCCCAGAGGGAGAGUCACCUUAUUGGGGGAUGCGUUGCAUCUUAUGACGCCGUUCCGGGGAUCUGGAGGUAAUUUUGCUAUUAAGGAUGGCCUAGAUCUCGGUUCUUUCAUUGCCAAUAGUGAUGGCAACAUCUCCAAUGCCUUGCAAGAAUAUGCGAAGCUAGCAAUCCCAAGAGCGGCUGAGGCAGUUUUGGACUCUAGAGAAAGGACCCUAGCUUGGACAGGCGACGACAACUAGUUCAGGAUUACACGUGGCUUCUUCUUGCUCGGUUUCUUCGUUCUGUCAUGGGAAUUGCGUGAGGCCUAUAUCUCCGGUAGAGUUAUUUCCAUAUCUUAGGGCUUUGUAUUCAAUUUAAAGAUACCUUUGUUGUGUAGACUUAGAUUAUGUUGACAUAUCCGGUCUCGACGUCCCAAUACCUCUAGCAUAUUGUUAUAGAUCUUUAUCUCUGCGCCUGGGUUUGAAAAUAAUAGUUUCUUUAAAUCAUCAAAAAAUGACAACGGACAAUUUUCCCAGCGGUUAUCCUAUUUUCUUCACGCGCCUUUGUAGAUAGACAGAUACGAGAAGUGCAGGGAGGCA